CAUGUGGGAGAAGUGUUCACCUGAACCGGAGGCACAGCAAAGGAUUCACGAUGGGUCAGGUGACCUCCAGAGUGCGUUCUGCGAGCGGCAUCCCGCGGGUGCACUUCUCCACAGACGAGGGGCCCCCGCGUUACUCCUCCCACCACUUUGAUGGGAGGAGCUCGAGACCCGGAGACGCGCCCACCAUCACCGUAUCUGAGAUCGACGCAAAUAGUCUGGCUGAACGCAGAGGCUCGAGGAUGGAGCUGAGGAGAGCGUCCUUCUACAGCACCAUGGACCUCGCCCCUCAGCUGGAGCACUACGCCAGCUCUCUGCCCCGACAGCAGACACGCAGCCGGCCCAGUCUGGAGGCCCUGCGGAAGGCCUACGAGGACGGAGAGCUGGGGAUAGAGGCUGCGGGGUCCCAGGUGGAGGUGGACAGUUUACCUCCACCUCCAGAUGAAGAGGCAGCAGACGGUCCCAAAGAAAAGGCCCCGGUGCGAUUCGGGUGGAUCAUCGGAGUCAUGGUCCGGUGCAUGCUGAACAUCUGGGGGGUCAUCUUGUUUCUGCGUUUGUCCUGGAUCACGUCCCAGGCAGGAAUCUUGCUGAUGUGGGUCAUCAUCCUCAUGUCUUCUGCCGUAACCACGAUAACGGCUCUGUCCGUCUCCGCCAUCGCCACCAACGGGAGGGUCGUCUCCGGCGGGGCGUACUUCAUGAUCUCUCGUUCCCUCGGUCCUGAGAUCGGAGGACCCAUCGGGAUGGUCUUCUCCUUCGCCAACGCUUUGGCCUGUGCCCUCAACACCGUGGGGUUUGCAGAGGUGGUCCGAGAUCUGCUCAAGGACUUUGACUCACAGAUGGUGGACGAUGUUAACGACGUUCGUAUCAUCGGGAUCCUCACGGUCACGACUCUUCUGCUCAUCUCUCUGGCUGGAAUGGAGUGGGAGUCUAAGACCCAGAUUUUAUUCUUCAUUGUUUUGCUGGUGUCGUUUGCAAACUACUUCGUGGGCACGUUCAUCCCUGCGCCCAAAGAAAAACAAGCCGUGGGAAUCUUCAGUUAUCAAUCGGACAUCUUUCUGACAAACCUGAUGCCAGACUGGAGAGGACCACAGGGCAACUUCUUCCAAAUGUUUGCCAUUUUUUUCCCAUCAGCCACUGGGAUUCUGUCUGGAGUCAACAUCUGUGGAGAUCUGAAGGAUCCUAUGUCUGCCAUCCCCAAAGGGACGCUAAUGGCCAUCUUCUGGACCACGUUCAGUUAUCUGGCCAUUGCUCUGACCGCUGGUGCUUGUACCGUGCGCGACGCCUCUGGGAACAUCACAGAUUUCAUAACUGGAAACAGCACAGAGGGAUGUGUGGGUCUGGGCUGUAAAUACGGGUGGAACUUCACCGAAUGUAUCCAGUCCCAGUCCUGCGAAUACGGACUGGCUAACAGCGUAAAGGUACUGGGGCAGCUUUCCGGAUACUAUUACCUCAUCACGGCCGGAGUCUUCGCGGCCAGUUUAUCGUCCGCUCUGGGCUUCCUCGUCUCUGCUCCCAAAGUAUUCCAGUGUCUUUGCAAGGACAACCUCUACCCCUACAUCGGCUUCUUCGCUAAAGGAUACGGCAAAAACAACGAGCCCCUUCGAGCCUAUUUACUUUGUUUCAUCAUCUCCAUUGCGUUCAUUUUAAUCGCUGAGCUCAACACGAUCGCCGCUCUCAUCUCAAACUUCUUCCUCUGCUCCUACGGCCUCAUCAACUUCAGCUGUUUCCACGCGUCCAUCACAAACUCCCCAGGUUGGCGGCCGGCGUUUCACUACUACAGUAAAUGGGCGGCGUUGUUCGGAGCCGUGAUCUCCGUCGUGCUCAUGUUCUUGUUCACCUGGUGGGCGGCGCUCGUCACAUUCGGGAUCAUUUUCUUCCUCUUCGGAUACGUCAACUACACCAAGCCCAAGGUGAACUGGGGCUCGUCCGUUCAGGCUGGUACAUACAACAUGGCUCUCUCGUACUCCGUCGCCUUGUCUGGAGUUGAAGACCACGUCAAGAACUUUAGGCCGCAGUGCAUGGUGUUAACUGGACCUCCAAACCAGAGGCCUGCUCUUGUGGACUUUGUCGGUGCUUUUACAAAACACGUGAGCCUCAUGGUCUGUGGAGAUAUUCUCACGGAGCAGGACAGAAAGACUCGCGGCCCCAAAACCACAGACUGGCUGGUUAAGUGGCUGAACCAGAGGAAAGUGCGCUCGUUUUACACACCUUUCAGCAGUGACAGCCUCAGAGAGGGGGCGAGGUUCUUACUGCAGGCGUCUGGACUUGGAAAGCUAAAGCCAAACACGCUAGUCCUGGGAUUCAAGUCAAACUGGAGGGAAAGUACUCCAGAAACCAUCGAAGAUUACACCAACAUGAUUUAUGAUACUUUUGACUCCAACUUCUGCCUGUGCAUCUUGAGGAUGAUGGACGGGCAGGACGUCUUGGACCAGUUUGACUCUGAAGUGAACUCGGGCUUUGAACCUGAUGAACCCACUGAAAACGAGGACCAGCAAUCUCCAGAGAGAGACUCAGCGGACGACAUGUCUGAUAAAGGCAGCAGCGAUCAGGUCAAAACCGUGUUCCAGAACGAUCAGGGGAAGAAGACCAUUGACGUUUACUGGAUCGCAGACGAUGGAGGUCUGACUCUGCUGGUGCCGUACCUGCUGACGAGGAGGAAGAGAUGGCGCCGCAGCAAAGUCCGAGUUUUCAUCCUGGGAGACGAGCAAAACAUGGAGGACGGACGUAACGAGAUGCUCGCUCUGCUGAAGCGUUUCCGUCUGGAUUUCAACGACGUUAUAGUAAUGACGGACAGCGAGAAGCGCCCGCUGACAAAAAAUCUGAACAGGUUUGUGGAGAGCGUCGCCCCCUUCAGGCUGUACGAUGAACAGCAGGAUGGAGUUUCUCUGCAGGGUCUGAGGCAAGACUUCCCCUGGAAAAUAUCGGACAAGGAGUUUGAGGCGUUCAAACUUAAGUCUGAAAGAAUAGUUCGACUGAAUGAAAUCAUCCGGAAGAAUUCUCAGCACGCUGCCCUCGUUCUUGUGAGCCCCCCUGUCCCUCAGAUCGACUGCCCCAGCGCUCUCUACAUGGCCUGGCUCGAAGCUCUGACCUGCGGCCUGCACUGCCCCGUCGUGCUCAUCAGAGGAAACCAGCAGAACGUCCUCACCUUCUACUGCCAGUGAUCCAGGCUCAAGUAAUCAAGAUACAGUGAUCCGGACUAUAGUGAUCCAGAUACACUGAACCAGACUAUAGCAAACUAUAGUAAACCAGGCCCAAGUGAUCCAGAUACAGUGAACCAGACUCAAGUGAACCAGACUCCAGUGAACCAGACUAUAACAGACUAUAGUAAACCAGGCUCAAGUGAUACGGACUCCAGUGAACCAGACUCAAGUGAACUAGACUCUAGUGAUCCAGAUACAGUAAACCCAACUAUAGACCAGGCUUAAGUGAUACAGACUAAAAUAAACUAGGCUCCAGUGAACCAGACUCAAGUGAACUAGACUACAGUGAACCAUACUACAGUGAUCUAGUAAACCAGGCUCAAGUUAAUUAGACUAUAGUAAACCAGACUACAGUGAACCACAGUCUGUAUGUCCAGUAAGUCCACUCCUGGUAUCCAGAUUCCAGUGAACCACGUAGACUUAAGUUAGCCAGAAUACAGUGAUCAGGGCUCAAGUAAACCAGACUCAAGUGAUCCAGAUACAGUGAACUCGAAUCCGGUGAACCAGAAUCCAAUAAUCCUGACUCCAGUGAACCACAUUACAGUGAUACAGACUCAAAAGAACCAGACUGCAGUGAUCCAGGCUCAAGUGACUCUGAAUCACCUGACUUAAGCCUGAAUCUAGAGUGAAGCUCCACUACAUCAUAUCCUGAGUAACAACUGUAUUAUUUUUUUUUAAUCUGGAAACAAAAUCAUUAAUGUACAAUAGCUGCAUGCUAAAUUUGUUAGGUUUAGGGUUUGUUUUGAGGGUUGAUUAUCGAACAUUAAACCUCCAUUUCAACUACAGCUUGAUCCAAUGAGACUUUGAUGAACCGAACUCGAGUGAACUCCACUUUUGUAAUGUAACCAUAUGUAUCACAAUAGCAUUAAGAUUAACAUUAAAAAAAAAUAUAUAUAUAUAUAUAUAUAAAGAGAUUAAAACUGCACUAUGAACUGCUGAUUAUGGCAACUUUAUGUAUUUUAUUUAUACAGUGUUUGGUUUUGUUUUGUAUUGAGUAAUGUUUGUUUUUGCACUUUAUUAGGUUGUUCAAUAUCCCUGUGAUAGAUACAAAAAUAGGAAAUUGUGCUCUGUAUGGAAUUAACAAAGUGAAAAGGAUUUAUUGUUGAAAAUGUUUUGUGCAUAAGACUGUUGAACUUGUUGAUAAUAACUGUCAUGAUAUGUACUGUAUAUACUGUAUACGAUAAAACUGAAUUCUU